AUGGCUAGUGGGAAGCCCAUCAAUCUCACAUCAGUGGAACCUGAAGCCACCUCUCCUGGCAGAAGUAGUUCUCCAGCGCUCUCCUCAUCAUCCUCAUCAUACUCUUCUACCGCCCUCUCGCCGGCGUCCUUCUCUUCAUCUCAUUCUUCCGCAACCGCAUACUCGCCUGUAAUCUCACCUUCAGAAGAUUACCACCGGCCUCCUACUAAUAUGCUGAAAGUUGCUACCCAACCAGCGGUAUACCCAACCGUGCCGACAAUAGCUCCGCCUCUAACACCCAUUGCGCCCAUCCGGAGCCAACUUGGUCCCAACAUCAACAAGAGACCAAAGCUAUCUCUCCAAACCUCCUGUGUCCCUGUCACCUUUGGCAAAUCAUCAACUGCACUGUCGCUAGCUGUUUCGAGUAACAGUUGCCAAUCUCCUACCAACAGGAACACUUUCAAAAACGCCUACGAAACAUUUCACCGUGUCAACUCACCAAUAUGUCGUUCCCCUCUAAGAGAUCCCAUAAGGAAUCGUCAGCGUGCGCCUUCUUCGCCUGCAAAGGCCGGACCAGUCCGGACAGCAGAGCCUCCCUAUAAGCUUCCCAAGGGCAUCCGAGGAAUUCUACGAAACUCACCCAUCCCCUCUCCAGCUCAGGGUGUGGAACAACAAAUCCGAAGCCCAGAAGCGACGAUGUCGACUCCAUCUACAAAACGAGUGAAAUAUCGGUAUCCACUUGAUGAAGUAAUAAAAACAGUCAAGUUUACCGCCAAACACUCUGACAUUGAAUCGACAAAUGCCUCCAGAACGAGUUCCUCGCUCGACACGUACUCGUAUACUUCGUCUGAGGAAGAUUCAGACUCCAGCGACUCUGCAUCCGGAGGGUCGACUCCUUCAGAAGAUGAGUCAGAGAAUGUAGCAAAAUCACCCAAGAGAACAAGGAAGCAGGCCCGGUCAAAACACAAGACCUUUCGCAGCGAGAGACAAAUACUUGCAGCCGGCGUCCGAGACGGCCUACUGCCUUCUCGGGAAGACAGCUUACCUCCACAAACACCUAUACACCAACGCACAGUCCAGCGGGAAUGGCGGUGGACUCUGGGCCCGAUCCAAGAUGGCUAUGUUCAGUCUUCGAGUCCCCCAAGCUCAGACCUUGCAACACCUCCUGCAGAUUCAUCAUACGAUGCACCUUCAACGCCACAUAUCGAGAAGAGGAAUAGCGAAACCCCGCUAGCAUUUGCGAACAUGACGCCUCCUCCAUCUCAAGGUUCCGGGAUCUGUUCUAGCCCAGUUGUCAAGCCAGGCUCCUUAAGGCUGACAUGUUAA